AUGUCCGUGAUUCAAGAGUCUACCGGUGAAUACGACAUUCAAGUUGCAACGGAGGCGAUAAAAAAGUUGUACGGAGACGAGAGGACGGCCGACGUGCACUUUAUUUUUAAAUCGAAAGAACGCAUUCCCGCCCACAAAUAUUUACUAGCCGCCGCGAGUGAUGUUCUCGAUGCCAUGUUCUAUGGAUCGAUAAAAGAGAAAGGUGACGUCGAAAUGGACGAUGCUUCAGCAGUUGGGUUCAAGGAAUUCUUGCGGUUUUUCUACUUCAACAAAGUCAAAUUGACGAUGGCGAACAUUAGCGAUGUAAUGAAUCUCGGCCAAAAGUACAAUGUCACUGAGUGUUUCGAUCUCUGUGUUCGGUUUUUGGCAGAGAAUCUUACGAUUUUCAACGCUUUAGAAGUACAUAGUCUUGCUGUUCUUUUUGAACAAGAUGAUUUAAAAACCAAAUGUGAAUAUUUAAUUGAAUUUCACACCGAAGAAAUAUUAAAAUCGACCAAUUUUUUGGAGUGCGAUCAACGACAUUUCAAUACCAUUCUAAAACUAGAUAGUUUGUCGUGUUCAGAAGCGGUAGUGUUUGAAGCGGCCAUGUCAUGGGUAAAAGCUGCCAGCAAUCAAGAGGAAUUGACGAAAGAUAUCGUUCAAACUCAUCUCGGGGAUUUGUUUCACGAAAUUCGUUUUCGAUCGAUGUCUCAUAAUGAAUUUAUUGAUCUUUUACCUUCCUAUGGCAAAUUGUUUUCGGCAGAUGAGUUCAACGAAAUACUACAGAUGAUUCGAAAUGCAGAAUAUCAACCGAAGAUAUUCAAUGCACUACCUCGUACACCAACAGCACUGCCAUGGGAUGAAGAGGUUAUCAUAAGAUGUGACCGUUUAAUAAGUGGAGGAAGUAGGUAUCCGUAUCGCCUUCAGAAGAUUGAAAUCACAUCAUUCACCACAAAUAAACCAAUAUUGUUGGGCUACUUCAUGUGUGCUUACAUAUGGAUAUAUAGAAAUGGUCAAUAUGAAUUCGUGCAAAAUACUGUACCGGCAGAUGUGACCAUCGUUAGAGUUUCAAAUCGGAACGAAUGUCAAAGUGAAAUAUCUGAAUGCAUGGUUUUACACACCAUGAAAGUAGAACUGAGGGGACAUGUUAAAAAUUCAAUCAAACUCUCCAAGCCAAUCAUCAUUCGUCCCGAAUUUAAGUACGAGAUUCGAAUGAAUAUAGACAUUUCGGAAGGUUGCGUUACUGUUGUGGACCUGAAGUCGGAGGUGAACCUACGAAAUGGUAUCAUUGUAACAUUCCAUAAUGAUCCUUUGGUAAGCGGUGAAAGACAGGGUCUGGUUUAUGAGCUUGGAUUCAAUCAAAUUGAUUAA